ACGACACAUCCUGGCACCAGGAAUGGUUCAGAAAGGCCGGGAUAGAGCGGCACGUCUGCUGUCUUCGCAGAAAUCAAACUGCAGCCCGCGGUGCGGCGUGAGCUGGAGGGAAUGCAUAUAAGGAGCAGUGAUAUGAAGAAUACUUCACAAAGGUCAUGCGAAGACAAACUUGACUAGUGGAGAAUCGCCUUCCAGAAUCAAUUGCAGCCUCAGCCUUCCACUGAAAUAGUUGCACAAGGUGAUGGCCGCCCCGCCGCGGCCGGCAGCGCUCCGCACAGGCUCGGCGCGGCGCCGCCAAAGGUAGCGCGGCUCCAUGGAGGGCUCCCUGGAGGGCAGCGCGGCCCCGGAGGAGGAGAGCGGGGCCGCGAACGGCGCCCCCCCGCCGCCGCCGCCGCCCACCCCGGCCGCCCCCUGCGGCUUCAGCUCCUCCCUCUGCUUCAGCGCUGCCGCCGCCGAGCCGCAGCCGCCCGCGGCCGGCGGCCGGGUGGUACAGAGCCAGUGGGAGAUCAACAACGCCGCCUGCCAGCCGGAGGAGGACGAUGAGGAGGUGGUGGGGCCGCGGGACCGGCCGGCGGAGGAGCCCGACCUUGUGAUCGAGGUGUCGGGGCGUCGCAUUCGGGCGCACAAGGCGGUGCUGGCGGCCAAGAGUGACUACUUUCGUGCCCGCGCCUCCCGGGACGUCCUGCGGGUGAAGGGGGUGAGCUACGGUGCGCUGCGGCUUCUCAUCGACUACGUGUACACGGCCCGCAUGGGAGAGGUGCGGCACGACAACCUGGCGGAGGUGGUGAGCGGCGCCCGCGUCCUGCAGAUGCCGUGUGCCCUGCACUGUGCCGCCGAGGCCAUGCGCGCCCAGCUCUGCCUUGGCAACUGCUACCAGCUCCUCUGCCUGGCCAAGAAGCAGCGGCUGGCGGAGCUACGGGAGGCUGCCUACCGCUUCAUGAGCGACCAUUACCUGGAGGUGCUGCGGGAGCCCAGCGUGUAUGGCCGCCUCAGCGGCACUGAGCGGGACCUCAUCCUGCAGCGGCGCAUGGAGGCCGGCCGGCCCUGCCUGCUGGUGGCCGAGGUCAGCGAUGCCUUCGAGCGGCCGGGUGGCGGCAGCCGGCCACAGAGCCGCGAAAGCAGCCGGCCGCAAAGCCCCUCCUCCGUGGUGUCCCUGGAGGAGAGUGGCUCCCUCAUCCACUGCUACCAGGAGGCCAGCGGCGAGUGGAGGGUGCUGACACGCCUGCCCGAGGAAGCCAAUGCUAAGGGCUGUGCCAUGUGUGUCCUCCACAACUACCUCUUCCUAGCAGGGGGCAUCGUGACAGGGCCGGUGGGCAGCGAGCCCAGGGCCCGCCUUUCCGACAAGGUCUUCUGCUAUAACCCCCUCACUGACACCUGGAGCCAGGUGCGGCCGCUGGCCCAGCCCCGCUCGCAGCUCAAGCUGCUGGCCCUGGAUGGUUACCUGUAUGCUGUGGGGGGUGAGUGCCUCUUCACUGUGGAGAGGUACGACCCACGGGCUGACCGCUGGAGCCCUGUGGCACCUCUGCCCAAGGGUGCCUUCGCUGUGGCUCAUGAGGCCACCACUUGCAAUGGGGAGAUCUAUGUGUCAGGAGGCUCCCUCUUCUACCGCCUGCUCAAAUAUGACCCCAAGCGUGACGAGUGGCAGGAGUGCCCUUACAACAGCAGCCGCCGGCGCUCAGCGGACAUGGUGGCCUUCAAGAGCUUCAUCUACCGCUUCGAUGUGAGCAGUGGCCGUGGUGGGGAGCCGGGCCCAGGUGGUGGGGCGGCUGGUGGUGUCGAAGUUUUUCGGUACAACACAGUGGCCAAGUGCUGGAGCCAGUGCGCCAGCCUGCGGCCCAGCGGCAGCCCCAUCCAGCCCUUCCGCUGUGCCCCCUUGGGCAACACCAUCUACUGCGUCAACCGGACCGGCACCCUUCGCUUCAGCCUAGCCCAGGAUGGCGAGGUGGAAGCGGAUGGUGGGCUCAAAGGCACUUUUGACGGGGAGCUUCUUAAAGCUCCCUUGGAUGUCAAGGGUGUUCUCCUACCCUUUGUGCUUACCCUGCCCGAGAGGCUGGACAAAGCAGGGGACCAGGAGGGCUCCCUCCCACUGUGAGAUGGUCAGCCUGGCUCUGGCUUCCUGAGAGGGGAGCUGGGUUGCAGCUGUGGGAGACCCACAAACUCUCACCUACAGAGGGGAUUCCCCCUGGUGAGUCUGCAGAGAAGAGGGGCUCCCCCUUUCCUCCUCUCUGCUCCCAGGAUUUUGAGCUGGUUGUAACUCUUCUCAUGUUUGCUGUGCUUUGUGUGAAAAGCCAAGCACAUGAAAGUAAAAGCUGCUAUAUUGGAUAAUCUCUGGAUUAUGUUUGUGCCAAUUCCCAAUCUGAGAAAAACGUUUUUACACCUGGAUAUCUAAAAUAUUCCUGACAACAGUGUCAUAAUGGGACGUUAGUGUUGGUUGUAUGUUUAUGCAUAGUUGCAAUUUGGGUUGGAACCUUUUCUACUAUUUGGGUUUUUUCCGUCUUGGAUGAUACUGAGGGAUAAACAUAGUUUAGCUGAAUUUGUUUGUAUGUUAAACCAGCUAUUUCCUGUGUCAAAAAAGUAUAAGAAGAACAUCUCUGUCACAGCCUUUCAUUUGUGGUGCAAUGGAUGGUUUAAGGAAGAUGUGGCACUGUGUGGUCCCGGGAAUUUCAACCAUAGAUGAUAUAACAUAUACCAGACUUAAAGUUUUAAGUAACUGAAAUGAGUGCCACAUGUUUUACUUGGAAUACAAAAAAAAAAAAAAUAAAAAUGUCAAGUUACCUUUUUAAAAUG